CAAUUCUAAUUGUGCAGCAAGUAGACAGGCCAUCUCAACGUCGUUCUUACUUUUGAAGUUAUUUUAGUGAAAGUCUUAUUAACCUCGGACAGUCAGACUGCCUUUUGCGUCUUUUUGAUUCGUAUUUUCGGCUCGCUGUGCAUGUUGUCGCAUUACACAACAUGGAGGAACUGAGUGUUUACGCGCUUUUUGGACUUGAUGAACCACCUCGUAAAAUUCUUGGUCCCGCAGAGCCUGGACAAUUAAAAAGUGUAGCCGUACCUGCAUUCGUGCACCAGGUGGUGCUGUUCAGCAAUGGCGGCUGGGGAGAGCACUCCAGUGCCACUGUUGAACUGAGAGAUGCAAAGCGGAAUCCCAUAAUUUCUGGAAAACUGACACCUAAAAACAAGUCCCUAUGCUGGGAGUACUGGGAAGAUGGAAUUUGGUCCAGUGGGGCAACAGUAUCUGUUAAAUUUGACAGUGAAGCGAAGGCCACUGGUGAUGUGUUGACAGACCUGGCCAAGAAAGAAUUUACACCAGAGUGUACUACUGCAGCCGCCCCCUCCGUGCGAGAGGCGCCAGGGAAGAGAAAGAGAAGCGCGCCGGAGCAGGAGCCAGAGGAUGCCACCACCACAGCUACUGAUCAGGAGAACACCUGCCCCAACGGCCAGGCUGCCGAGAAGACCACGCCGCUCAGAAAGGGUCGGAACGCGCCACGUGGCAGCCAGACACGCCUCUUCUCCCCGAAAGAAGAGAAGCCACCGGCCAGCGUCCAGGCCAGCGUCCGCAGCACCCCGCCGCCCAAUCCCAGAGCCAGGGGCAGACCAGCCAAAACUCCUACCACCCAAUCAGCCCCAUUGGACCAUCCCUCGGGGCGCUGGGGUCAGAGCCUGUGUCCCAUUGACUCCCAGACAGCCAUUCUGAUUGGUGGACAAGGCGCCAAGAUGCAGUUCUGCAAGGAUCCCAUGUGGAAGCUCUGCACAGAGGACUUGUCGUGGGUGCCUGCCGAGACUCUGGCUGAGGGCCCCACGCCCGAGGCCCGCAUUGGCCACACGGCUACCUACGACCCCGAGUCCAAGCGCAUCUUCGUCUUCGGAGGCUCCAAGAGCAAGAAGUGGUUCAACGACAUGCACAUCCUGGACACCCAGAGCUGGCGCUGGACCAUGGUGGAGGCCCAGGGGAAAGUACCUCCACUGGCCUACCACAGCUGCAGCCUGUUCCGCGGGGAGUUGUUUGUGUUCGGGGGAGUGUUCCCCCUGCCCCACCCCCAGCCCGACGGAUGCAGCGACUCCAUCUACAUCUUCAGCCCCGACAUGUCCAUCUGGUACCAGCCCAUCGUCAACGGAGACAAGCCGGCUCCUCGCUCAGGACACUCUGCGUGUGUAAUUCAAGGGAAGAUCUUCAUCUUUGGUGGCUGGGACACGCCUGUGUGUUUCAAUGACAUGUACAUGUUGGACCUGGGCUUGAUGGAGUUUUCUGCUGUCAAGACUAAUGGAACGCCUCCUUCUCCAAGAAGCUGGCAUGGUUGCGCCCUGGUGUCAGAGACACGGUUCCUGGUGCAUGGAGGAUACAACGGCAACAAUGCCCUUAGCGACACCUUCCUCUUCGAUACCGACACCAGCAGCUGGACCACCAUACGGCAUUCCCAGCUAACUUCAGUCCCACGCGCUGGCCACUCUAUCAUUGGAAUGACCAUGGCAGACACACAGGGCUCCAUGGAUGAAGACCAGCCCCAGUGGUCAGAUGAGACAACACCCAAAACGCUGCUCAUCUUCGGGGGAGGAGACAACGAGGGAAGCUUCUUCUCAGACCUCAUAACGCUCUCUGUGGAAGACCUACAAGAUUAAUCUGGUGCUGUGAAUGCGGGGUGCGUGUAGACGGAAUGAAUGACUAUUUUUAUAUUAUGCGUAUAAUGAUGGAUUGGAUGCAAUCUGGAAAAUUGGUACUUUUCAAAUAAUAUAUAAAACACCUAACAGAAUUAUUGGCUUAAUUGACUGAGGUUUGUGUGUGUGUGCGCGCGCGCGCUCUCUAUUUUUUGUCCUUGGAAUAUGGGUUAAUGAAAAUGGGGUGGUGUAUUUGUUUUGUAUAUAGGCUCCUAAGGGCGAUGGGGUAGGACUUUUAACCGUGUGAAUCUGAAAUUAUAUGCCGUAUAUAUUGUAGUACUUGUUCUUUUUAAAGUUAAGUACAUUUUCUCUUAAAAUGGGCCUGCAUUUCCUAAAAUGUACUGUUGAGGGAAUUUAGUUGUUUUGAGAGAAAGCUUUUCCAUGUUUCUCUUUUUUGUUUGUUUGGUGUUUGUGUGUGUGUGUAUGUUUGCGGGGGCGGGGGUGGGGGGGGGUUAAAUCUCAGGUCAAGUUGUACAAAAAUAACGUCUAUAUUGUUCUUAUUUUGAUGUAUAUGUUUGGGGUUUUUUAACAGUAGCUUUUUGUUUUAAACCUUGCUGUAUAUAUUGGUGUGCCCCCUUUUUUAAUGAAAUGAUCAAUAAAUUCAGUGUGCAAUUUA